GAUAGUUUGUGGAUCAGUGGCUGGACUCUGAUAAAUCCGCGAUCCGUCAAUUGCCAAGAUCCUCCCCCUUCCCCUCACCCACUUUUUUUGAUCUCAACGCCCUUUCGACAAAAAACCUCUCAUUCAUACAUAUCAUCUUCGCCCUCUCUAUAUAUAUUCUUAAUAUCUUCCUUAUCCUUCUAACAAUCCUCGAACAUCUCUCCAACUGGUCUAAGUCAAUUCGUGUUCCAUACCCGUAAAGUUGGAGCAACACCUCGGAACCCGAUUUCAUACACUUUUUCCGGAUCUAGAAUCCCCCACUCACUUUCGAGUGAAUAACAUCUUCACACUCUCAACUCGAUAACAUCUUCACACUCUCUACCAUACCAAACUUGACAUAUCAACCAAAGUUGGAAUUAUCAAGAAUCAAAAAAAAAUGAGAGGUGAAUAUUGUCUUUAUGGAGCUACGGCUUUAAGCGCUAUGGCUAUUAUCUUACUUGUUUUCGCUCAUAUUGGUCAAGUAUCAAGUGGGGCGGUUACAAGUGGGAUUUAUAUGGCACAGAUUAACGUUGCUGCCUACGGAAACGCUUAUCAAGGUGGUACGGGUGAUUCAGCAGGAGGAUUAUAUGAUACGAAGAAUGACGCUCUGGGAACUGGGAAAGGAUUGAGACAAUAUUAUCGGUAUGGUUUGUACAACGCAUGUGGAUAUCAAAAAGAUGGUUCUGGAAUUUGUAACGGUACAAUAUUCGGUUAUCCCAUGGAACCACUCAGUCAAAUACUAGCCGACACACCAACGAAAUUCAAAACUCAGACUAAUGAUAUCAUUCCUAGUUCUACAUUCAAAGAUAAUGGGUUUAAUCAUGGGUUAAGCAGAGGAGGUAGUUUGUUAAUCUUCGUCGGUUCAGUAUUCGCAGUCAUCUCAAUAAUCUUCGGCGUUCUCAAAGCUAGGAUUUGUUUCCUCAUAGCUGCUGCUUCGGCAGGAUUCUCCGCUUUGUUAUUGAUGAUCGGUGCGGCCAUGUGGACUUCUUUAAUCGCCAAAGACGCUUGGCUGAAAAUUGUCAAAGUCAAAGGUGGUACUUUGUUAGGUAUCUACACUACGGGAGGAGCGAGUUUAUACCUCACAUGGGUAGCAUUCGUCUUAAUGACAUUAUCAGUCAUUCCUUAUGUCGUAGCAUGCUGUACUUUCCGAAGGUAACUCUCUUGAUAUCUUGACUUUGUCACCAUUCCCGCAUUUUUCUUUUCUCAGGACUUUCCUCGGAAAAGGGAAUUGUACAAACUACAUACCCACUCUUUCGAACCAUCUUUAACGAGUAUCAUGACUUUUCUUCUUUGUUUCGUAUUUAUUUUUUGAUGCUAUGCAUGCGUCGAAUGUCCUUUUUUG